AAAGGAUGACAAGCCGUCGCUGCUUGUCAGUGUUGGACAUCCUCAACGCACGUUUGAUGCUGGACACCGAAGAAACAACAGUCCUGAUGCGUGUUGAGCCCAACAGCGACGCGUAAUCCUCCGUCGUGCCCGACCGAGAGAGGACAUACCGGGACUCGAGCUGAAACACACAGCCAUAGCCGAUCAGCUACACAAUAAUACUCUCCAUUGUAAUCGAUCCGUCUGGACGCAAUACUACUCGACCCGGAUGACCUCAAGGGAGUGACUGCGGAGAGAGUCCUUAUCUUUAAUAAGGCAAAAUAAGUACCGUGUGUGUGUUUGUUUCCGCAAUCAGUAAAUAAAUGAGCGAUGCCAGGGGUGACAAAGUAUAAUUUAGUGGAUGACUCCCACGAUUUGAGGAUCCCCAUGCAUAACGAGGAGGUGUUCCAGCAUGGAGUCUGCUUUGAGGCAAAGUACAUUGGCAGCUUGGAAGUAGGUCGUCCUGGCAGCCGGAUGGAGAUCGUUGCUGCAAUGAGGCGAAUCCGGUAUGAAUUCAAGCUAAAGAACAUCAAGAAAAAGAAGGUCAACAUUGUUGUAUCGACGGAUUUUGUCAAAGUGAUAUUGCGGAAAAAGAAGCGAAAAGGAUGGACGUGGGAUGAGAAUACCAUCUUGGUGUCAGAGGAUCCAAUCUACAGGAUUUUUUAUGUCUCACAUGAUGCCCAAGAUCUAAAGAUCUUCAGUUACAUUGCAAGAGACGGUGAAAGCAACAGUUUCCGCUGCAAUGUCUUCAAGUCUAAGAGGAAGUCUCAGGCCAUGAGGAUUGUGCGGACAGUAGGUCAAGCAUUCGAUGUGUGUCACCAGCUGACACUGCAGCAGAAAACAGAUGACCAGGAGGAUGAAGACGGGACGGCAAAGGAGCCUGACACAAUUCCAGCUGAGGAGAGGUUUGCGUUGUCAGAAGAGACCGACCUUGAAGGCACAACAGAGGAGAGUAUAGAGUGCAACACUUCAUCAGAUUUGGAGAAGAACAAAAAGGUCCUUGGGAAAAACGGGAAGGGCUCUGAUGAUGCCUCUCUUCUGCUGAGCUCCCCCGCUGGUAAAGGUUCUGCAAAGCGUCAAUCAACCGCAGAAGGACCUUGUUCUUCAGAGCAUCAGGUCCAACUAUUGCAGAAACAGCUGCAGCAGCAGGAGCAGCAUGCACUGGCUGCUUCAGCUCAGGUGCACGUGCUCCGAGGCCAGCUGUCUGUAGAAAUGUGUGCUCGAACCGAAGCCCAGACCAGAGUUCAGAGGCUGCUGCAGCAGAACACGGACUUAUUGCAGCACAUUUCUCUGCUGGUCAAACAGAUUCAGGAACUUGAGCUCAAAGCCGGUGGACAUUUAACAUCCAUGGGCUCCCAGGACAGUCUUCUGGAGAUCACUUUCCGUGCACAACCACCCAGGAUGCCCAGUGAACCCCUCACUCCUUCUCCAUCUACAGGCCCCUUGGUUUCUCUAUCCCAGAUACACCCGAUAAGCGACAGUGCUUGGGUCUCCACCCUCUCUGGGCCGUGCUCUCCAGGCACCACAGGCACUGACACCAGCCCUCUGGGCCUCGGGGGCAACGCAGUCCGUCUGGAAUGCUUCCGUUUCUCCUCACGGGGUACAGACAGUCAAGACCAAGGGCAAGGAACGGGGGAGACACCCAGCGAUGGCGCCCCAGAUGACAGUUCUCUGCUGGGUGAGCAAGUUCUGGGAGCUUUGGAGUUGGUCCGGUUCAGGGAAUCAGGAAUCGGAUCAGAGUAUGAAUCCAACACGGAUGAGAGUGAUGACCGGGACAGUUGGGGGCUCGGUGAGGUAGCCGGGCUGGAUGGUACCGUUCGACUCUUUAAUGUGUUGAAUGCUGAGAGUUUGUCAGACUGUUUAGGGGAUGAGAUGGCCGUGUAGAGGCACUUUACGUCACCCUGCAUGUGACGUAAUGUGAAGGUCGUCAGUAAAUGCAUCACAAUUUAGGUCUGUACAUCCAAUCAUAUCCUUGCAAUGGAAAGGGAAGUGUUGACUUUUCCUAUUGUCAGGCUUGCAGUGACUUAAAAAAUGAAUCACCAGGCUGGAAAUCCCACUUCUUGCAGACAAGCAUGUUAAAUAACAAAUGUUAUAUAAGUAGCAACAAUUAUGGUGUCCAAACCUCUGCAAAUGCUAAUGUAAAAGGAAUUUAUUUGAUUUUAUUGGCUUUUUUUAAAGGUAAAUUGAAAUAUGUUAAUGCAAUUUGCCUAAAUAUUAUCGAAAGUUUUUCCUGUGUUCAGCUUGCAGUUAAAUGUACCAUCCGUGUCUGCUACUGUAUUUCUUCAAAAAGUAGGUGUGGAUUAGGGGUAAGACAUUUAUAAAUGGCAUUUAUAAAUCUGUUUAUAUUUUUACAUCUACCAUGACUAGUGGCAUAAAUCAUAGGAGAUGCUAAUGCUAGUUUAUUACUUAAAUAAUAAAGACUUGAAUCAAAUGUAAUAUUCAGGAUUAUAAAAAAAACACGGGCUGGUGUGGUUAGCGCGCAGGCCUCAAAGCUAGGAGACCCGAGUUUGAUUCCACUUUCGGCCAUCUCUGUGUGGAGUUUACAUGUUCUCCCUGUUCAUGCAUGGGUUGUCUCUGGUUUCCUCCCACAUUCCAAAAACAUGCUAGGUUAAUUGGCGACUCCAAAUUGUCCAUAGGUAUGAAUGUGAGUGUGAAUGGUUGUUUGUCUAUAUGUGCCCUGUGAUUGGCUGGCCCGAAGACCGCUGGGAUAGGCUCCAGCACUAACCAUGACCCUCGUGAGGAUAAGCGGUAGAAAAUGAAUGAAUGAAUAAAAAACCAUGACCAGUCCAGAAUGUAGCUGAACUGGGAUAGGCUCCAGCUGUCCCCACAAUCUAGAACAGUGAGAAAACAGGUAGAAACUGAAUAGAAGGAAACAACUGUGAACAAAUCAAGACUUGUUAAGUGCAUAAAAACUCUUUAGUUUCUAAAAAAAAAGCUUCAAGAUAUCACCACACACAGUCCACUGUAGAGAAUGUGUCAAAACCUUACUAAUUAGGAAAACCAAAGCUUUUGCAUCAACAUAUUUCUUAGCUUUACUAAAGCGCCACAUGCAGAAAAAGGUCCAGCAUGCAUUGCUAAGUGCAAUUUGUGUAAAAAAUUCCUGUGUUUCCCUUCCAGCGUGUGCGUACGUUCAGGGCUCUGAACAGGUUGGCUUCCCCGCCACGGUGCUGUCACCGCGCUGAAUGCUUGUUGCCAUGCCAACCAUACUGUGGUUGUAUCUGUGGUAAUAUGUGUGACACAUCCAGCAAGGCUAUGGCUGUGUUUGAAACUAUCCGGUAGGAAGACUCAUUUGCCUGUAAUUACACUGUUUUUUAUGGUUUGAUGGACAAUGCAUUGUUCAUGCUACUAUUUGUCCUGUUUACAUCAUCCAUGAGGGAAAUUUCCCACUAUUUGUGUCUGCUGUGUGGUCCCCCAUGUUCUUAUAAAUAUUAUUUAUUUACAACAUCUGGCAGAACAACUUCUGUUGCUCCCCCGCAGGAAUACUUCUAGAGAGGCAUAUAAAACAAAUGUGUGCCUGCAUAAUAGUCUGGCCAGCUGUCGCUCCAGUUUUUCACAUGCACGGCUGCAACUCUUCGAAUGACUAAACUGUGGACACGUUGUUCAGGUCUUCCAAAAAUUGAUCCAAAUUCUGAUCCUCCUCUCUCUUCCCCACCCUCCCUGUUUUUUCUUUGUUGCUCGUUACCUCUAAAGUCUUCACUUGCAUCAUCUUUGUUAAGUCGGUGUACUACAUAAAGUGUACUGGAAAAAAAGAAAGUGCACUUAUAAACACGCCGUAAAUGUAUC